CACAAUUCAAAUAUGGAGCUGUCACUUCUUGUGAGCGAAGGCGACACAUUUACUUGGCUUCGUUGGCGCAACCAUAAAACAAUAACAACUGCACACACAAUACUUAUCAUGCUUUAACUAUUGAGCUAACUAGUUUUCGUUUUCAAGUCAACAGAAAAUCAACAGAAACCGUAGACAAUCAACAAAAAUUGGAUGUACACAAGCUCUUCCUCCAGCUGGCUUCAUGGCUACUACUAAAAACGAGGAAAUAGGGGACAACAAAAUAGUCAUGUUUUGUUAGGAUAAUACUUGAGUAAUAACAAUGAAUGUUAUCACUACAAUUACAAUUAGAGAAAGUAAUCGUUUUUUUUCUUUCUUCUGGAACAGUUCAGUAAACAAUAUUCUAACAUAUUUUAAAUAUAAUUUAUAUACAAUAUAUAUCCCUUUUUCAUCAAAAUGGUUUAUUCCAUUCUGCUGUCAGCAUGAAGAAACGGGACGCCAUUGCGGUUCUACACAUGGACGUUCCAAGCAUAGCGAAGCAUGCAGCAAUUGAUCCAAUAUGGCCGCUACAGUGUCUCAGUUUCGCAGUACUCCAACUCCACUUUUAAUCCUUCGCCGCACGCGUGGUAUCUGUUUUGGCAGCAUGGCUUCUUCAGCGAAAAGACGAGCAGUUGGAAUGGGAGAAAAUCCAGUUGAUAGUGAGGAUAACAGCUCUGACGAGGGAUUGGAAGACGACGGUGAUUCAGGAGAGAAUGACAGCGGAUCAGAAGAGGAGAUUAAUGAAGAGGUCAUUGUAGACUUUGAGGCCCAUACCAUUACUCACAAUGACUACAAUGGGGUGAAGAAACUCCUACAACAGCUGUUUCUGAAGGCUCAUGUCAAUACAUCCGAGUUGACCGAUCUCCUCAUCCAGCAGAAUCAUAUCGGAAGCGUCAUCAGGCAAGCAGAGGUGCCAGAGGACAGUGAUGAUGACGAGGAUCCAGCUGAUGAAGUGUUUGGUUUCAUCAGCAUGCUCAACCUCACUGAGAGAAAGGGUGUCCAGUGUGUGGAGGAGGUAAAGGAUCUGAUCCUGGGUCAAUGUGAGAAGAGUUGUCCCCAUAGUGUGACGGACGAUCUGGAGAAGGUCCUCAACGACACCAGUAAGCCUGUAGGACUGCUGCUCAGCGAGAGGUUCAUCAACGUGCCCCCACAGAUUGCCCUGCCCCUUCACAAACAGCUACAGGAGGAGAUGGCAGAAGCCCAGAGCAGCAACAAGCCCAGUGGGAAGUGUCAUUACUGUCUGAUGAUCAGCAAGACCUAUAAGGAUCCCUCCAAGACCAUCCCUGCCAGAGGAGCGCCGCCUAAAGACGAGCUCACGUUCCUCAACGCAGAGGAGGAGUUCUUCUAUGAGCAAGCCACCAUGAAGUUCCACUACUCAGUGCAGGAGGAGACGGACAGUGUUCUGAGUGGGCGGUGGUCCUUCGACGACGUCCCCAUGAAGCCGCAGCGAACCGUGAUGCUCAUCCCAGCAGACAGGAUGUCAGCCAUCAUGGACAAGCUCAAAGAAUACCUGACCGUGUGACCAACCGUACUACGACACACACAGAAUAAACUCUGGUAAACCACAGGACUGAUGUCUUUUAAACAGCCCCUCGGGAUCAUUUUUUUUUUGCAAAUGUAAAAUUCAAUACAAAACAUCGAAAGGAAGGGACCACUGGAAUAAUUUUUGUUAAGCGGAGAAUAAUGUCAAGUCAAUGUCAUUGUUGUAACGGUUCCCUUUAGCCCAGCGGUUUUUAUCUAGCUGUUUUUAGAGAAAUGUAUCUUUUGACAAAAUAAGUCACGUUAGACAUUGGUCAUAGUUCAAAGCACUGUAUUUACAGAUUCAUGUAAACAUAGUGAUGUUUUAACAUUAACAUUUCAGUGCAAACAAUUUCUUGCAAAAUGAAGUUGUGCAUUUUUCUGUAAAGGAAUAUCAGAUGUUUUGAGUUAAAACUGACUUGACUCUCUGGAUUCAUUUAUAUUCUAUUAGAAUAUAGGCUAAUUACGUACUGUAAUAUAAAAUUACCAAGGCAGUUACCACCUGACUGAAUUAAAGAAAUGAAGAAUACUGUA